GUCCAUAGACUUGGCCCUUGGUUUACAUAAUAAAUAAAGCAGCUCCUUCGACAUUGCAUCAGUCUUUGACUUUACCAACGUUCGUUCGUUCAUAUCGUUAAUAUCGUCUGGAAUCCCCGUGACUCUCAGUUUCGCCGCCAUCCCUCGGAAUAAUCCAAAGUCCUUAGGUGACGCCCAUUGGUUGAUUGCCCCGAAAGGCUGUCCAGCCCAACUACCCAACUAGCUAUUCUACCCAUCUCCUCAUCAUGUUGAGCGUGACCCGAUUGGCCCAAUUACCCCGUUGGGGCGGCUCCGUCCUGGCCCCCGUCGUCCGCUCCGUCCCUCGAUGGCAAUCGGGCGUGCGCGUCUUCUCGCAAGACGCCCGCAGCGGAUUCGCCCGCCAUGCCGAGCGGCGCAAGGCGGCCGCCUCGCCCGGGCUGAAAGAAUCGCUCCAAGCGCCCGCCACGGGCCGCUCCUUCCAAAUCGGGCAAGGCGCCUUGGCUGGCGCAGCCACCGUGGGUCUGGGCGCCCUCUGCUUCUACGGCUUGGGCUUGGCGCACGAGCCCGGGGCCGUGGAGAAGCGUCUGAUCUGGCCCGAACACGUCAAAGAGCGCAUCCGCCACACUUAUCUCUAUUUCGGCGGUUCCAUCGGGCUGACGGCCGCUUCGGCCCUGGCCGUGUUCCGCACGCCCGCCCUGCUCAAUCUGGCCAUGCGUCAGGGCAUGGUGGCUUUGGGCGUGAGCAUCGCGGCCAUGAUUGGCUCGGGCAUGUUGGUGCGCUCCAUCCCGUAUGAGAACACGGGGCCCAAGCACUUGGCCUGGUUAUUGCACUCCGGUGUCAUGGGCUUGAUGGUGGCCCCUUUGUGUCUCUUGGGCGGGCCCAUUUUGACCCGCGCGGCGUGGUACACGGCCGGGAUGGUGGGCGGCUUAAGCACGGUCGCCGCCUGCGCGCCCAGUGACAAGUUCCUCUACAUGGGUGGUCCUUUGGCCAUGGGAUUGGGCGUGGUCUUGGUCUCCAGCAUUGGUUCCGCCUUUAUGCCGCCCACCACGGCCUUGGGCGCCGGCAUGUAUUCCAUCGCGCUCUAUGGUGGCCUGAUUCUAUUUGGGGGCUUCUUGUUGUAUGAUACCCAGAAGAUCAUGCACCGAGCUGAACACCAUCCACCCAUGAUGGCCGGAGUCCGGCAGUAUGACCCCAUCAACGCCUCCAUUGGCAUCUAUAUGGACACCAUGAACAUCUUCAUCCGGAUUGCCCAGAUCCUGGCCAUGAGUGGUGGGAGUCGCCGCAAGUAAACCUCCCCAGAUGCAAUGGCUAACCUGGCUGUGAAUAUGGGGACUAUCGAAGUUGGCCUGGGAUCCCGUACCAACUGACUCUUUCUUUCUGGAUGUGGACGAAGGAUAUCCUAAUGUGUUUGAAUUCAAUAAAUUAUCUAUGACCCCCUUC